AUGUCUACACUUAUCAAAUCUGCCAAAUCGAUUGUACCUUUGAUGGACCGUGUUUUGGUGCAGAGAGCCAAGGCCGAGGCCAAGACGGCUUCUGGCUUGUACUUGCCUGAAAAAAACGUUCAAAAAAUGAACCAGGCCACCGUUUUGGCCGUUGGUCCUGGCUUCACCGAUGCUAACGGAAACAAGGUAGUUCCUCAGGUCGCUGUGGGUGACAACGUGCUAAUUCCUCAAUUUGGUGGCUCGAGCAUUAAGCUCAAGGACGACGACGAGGUGGUUUUGUUUCGCGACAGCGAGAUUCUAGCCAAACUCAACGAAUAA